AUGUUUGGUCUCAUACGGAGAAUAUCACAGUCUGUGAUUCCCCGACCAGAUAGGCCUUGGGACGAUGAUGCUACGUCGAAUGCUCCAAAAACUGGCAGAAAGCGACGUUUCAGCACCACAGAGAGAGACGUCAAAGACGAUCCUGUUAAUAACAAGAAGAUCAGGGGCGAUUCGCCCGUCACUACAGCCGAGACGCCUCUUGUCGACAAAGAGGUCAAGGCGGUGACAAAAGGUGUGAAGGGGGUUGAACUGGAGGAUAAGGAGGCAGCGCCAGAGAGCAUCCCUUUGCCUGAAGAAGAGCCUGGCGAGCUUGAUGAGGGAGCGGGCACGGAUUCUAUCGCGUCCACCCCGCCUGCGGAGGAGCCAGAUGCGGCGGUGGAAGAUCCGUUAGUCGCAGCGGAUGGCGUCCCUGCUGACGGUGACAAGGUUGCCGAGAAGGUCGCGGAGAUCGCAAACCACACUGCGGAGAACACGCAGGCAGACGCUGCCAGUGACGACGUGAAGGUAGAAUCAGUGGUGGAAAAGAAGGCGGAUGACGCAGUCAAUGCGGAUUCUUCAAGAGACAUUCCAGAACCGCCAAGGCAAGCCGAUGCUUAA